AUGGCGGGGAGAGAAUAUCAGUUGACAUACCAUAAUCGAGAAGUGAGGUUAAAUAAGUCGAUUACAAAAUCAGGAGACAAUAUUUCAGGUCGUUUAAUGGGAGGUAUUAAACCGUCAGAAGGAUUCAUCGAACUUUCGGCAUCAUCAGGUGAAUGGAUGAGAGUCUGUAAAGAGAGCUUUACGGAUAGGGUGGCAGAAGUCAUCUGUGGAGAGCUUGGCUAUCCAGGCGUCAAAGAUACCACCUUUGUGAAUGUGAAUACACAAAACUGUACGAGAGCUCCAAGUUGCGGAGAUGAUACGUAUCGUUUGGUGGAUUGCACGGCCGGGAAUUCAAGUUGCCAAUCUAACCAGGUUGUGAAAAUAAUAUGUCAUGAGCCCGGGUACAGAGGAUGCUAUGAGCUUCAAACUCAACAGUUACAGAACAGUUCAAAAUAUGCGUUUUCAACGGCGUCACAAUGUAUAUACUUGUGUAAAUCACAUGAAAUUCAAACUCUCGCUCUUAUGAAUGAAAAUGAAUGUUUCUGUUCCUCAUCUGCUGAGGUCAAUUUUGACGACUUGUCCACGUGCGAUAACCAUUCAAUACCCUCAGCAGAAUUUUCAAUUUAUGAUGCUUCAUAA